AUGUUUCUUUCAGUUGAUUUUGUGUAUAUCUGUCUGGCAUUUUAUGUUGGUAGUCGAGGGGUUGGAGCGCAAUCUUCAACAACAUUGUUCGCGGGUGAUUAUCCGGUUGUCGCAUAUGCGAUUGGCUCAACUGCAAAUGUUGCCACAACAUAUUUAAUGGCAUGUCCAGCGGGUUCAAACCCUUCGACAUGUAACUUUCAGCAGCCAUACACGUUAACUCAAGGACCUUCCACUGUUCAAUAUGCAAUGACAUUUUCUGGCUCCACAACAAUGACUCUAGGAUGUGCAGUGUCCGGAUCUGCAUCAAUGGCAUGUCAGGCGACCGAAUUGAUUCCCGGUACUACUAAAAUUGCAUCAACAAUCAUUACUGGCGCUGCAGCUACGUCACAAUUCCGAGCAAUUUCAAUUGCCACAGACUCUGCAGCUUUAUUCACGUAUGCUGUUGUUGAGACCACUGCGUCGAGCUCCAGCACAUCAGUUUCGAGUUCUGGUGCGGCAGUAUCAAAGACAAGUUCGGCUAAAGGUACAAUUAUUACAUCUGCACCAAUAUUGGUAGAGACAAGUAAUGGAAACACAAUUGGAACUAUUGGAACGAGCUCGAAAAAUUUGUUGGCAGGAACUGCGACUCCUUUAUCUUCACUAUCGAGUGUUACUUGGUCAAGUAGUAGUCCUACCGCUUCUAGUGUUGCUCCAACAAGCUCUUCGGGAGCUGGACUGGGAGCUGGUCCAAGAGAUGGUGCUGGCCUUGGGUUGUUAGGAGUUAUGGGUAUGAUUGGUAUGGGGGUUCUGGGACUAUGA